AUGUUCACAUUUAGUUCCUUUGGUGCUGGUCCCGAGGAUGCAUUGAUUUUCGACCUUUGUCGACAAGGUAAUGUCGCCGGUGUCAAGAUACUCCUGGAUCGUGGCGAUGCAUCUCUAGAAUGUGAGAAUCCGCUGGGCAAAACGCCAUUAUGGAUCGCGGUUAAUUAUGGCCAAGUAGAUGUGGCGAGAUUUUUGAUAUCCGCUGGAGCCAAAGAUACAGCUACUGGUAUCAACCUAUGGCGAAACCCUCUUGUACUUGACGCUCGGUUGAAAAUUGCCAUGGUUGAGACGUUAGAAUUUUACUCAAAAUCCAAAAACGAUGAUAGUAAAUACGGUACCAUUGGCAGGAUGGCGAUGUUCUACACUCCAAGCAAACAGCUCAAUAUGACUCAAGAGGAACUCUCCGACAACAUGUUAUGUGUAUUUGAAGCUUUAACUCCAUCUCUACGCACUGAUAACGCAGCUCAGGCGAAGUACCUUCGAGGAAUGGUAUCAGAUGGUCAUGCAGGAAAGCUCAUACAUUGGUUGAUAGGUAGAAUCAAGGGAGCUCUCGAAAUAGAGGAAGACAGCAUCAGUUCCUACUCUUUACUUCACUAUGUAAUUGGGGCCCGGUUCCUUCAUAGAGAUCAGCUAUCUGUGAAAAUGAUUAUGGAGAGGACAACAAACUUACAGAUUUGCUAUGGUUACGGGUCUUGGGGCCUAUACGAACUACAGACCUUAACAGUUCUUGCUAUGUAUGACUAA